AUGUCGUUUCUUUUGAAGCGCAUAGUCAAAAAUGACGCCAUGAAAACUGAUCCGGAGGAGAUCUAUGGAUGGAGGGUUUAUUUGUUGGCUUGCUCCGCCUGUUUCGGCGCCAUGUCCUUUGGCUGGGAUAGCGGUGUAAUAGGCGGUGUAAUUAACCUCGAAUCGUUCAAGGAAGCUUAUGGCCUGAAUGGGAAGGAAAACUCUGUGGCAGUAGCUAACCUUUCGGGAAAUAUCGUAUCUGUCUUACAGGCCGGAUGUUUCGUAGGCGCUCUGGCAGCCUACCCCCUCACAGAUGCAUAUGGCCGUAGGUAUUGCUUGAUGGGUGCUGCUUUGUUGACCCUCGUGGGUGUGGUUAUGCAAGCUGCUGCUUCUGGUCACCUUGAGCCUAUGUAUAUCGGCCGUUUCGUCUCCGGUCUUGGAGUUGGCACAUCCAGCGUUAUCAACCCGAUUUACGUCACCGAGAAUGCGCCUCGUGCCAUUCGUGGCCUGCUUACUGGCAUGUACCAGCUCUUUAUCGUUACUGGAGGCAUGAUAGCAUUCUGGGGUAAUUACUCGGUCAGUGUACACUUAAGCGGCGCCAAGCAGUACAUCGUACCGCUCUCCGUGCAGGGGUUGCCUGCUUUCCUACUCUUCUUUCUGAUGGCAAUCUGUAACGAAUCACCUCGAUACCUGGCUCGCAAGGACCGUUGGGAGGAGGCGAAGGCAGUGCUGACACGGAUUCGGAACCUUCCACCUGAUCACCCGUAUCUGCUGGACGAGUUCCAGGAGAUCGCCGACCAGCUGGAAUACGAACGACGCCUCAUGGGCGAUGCCACCUUCUGGACAUUGCAAAAAGAGAUGUGGACUGUUAAGACCAACCGUAAGCGAGCGAUCCUCAGCAUCGGCCUCAUGAUUGCGCAACAGAUGACAGGUACCAAUGCAAUCAACACAUACGCGCCGCAAAUCUUCCAGAACCUAGGAAUCACGGGAACGUCGAACUCGCUGCUCAGCACGGGUGUUUAUGGCAUCGUUAAGGUGGUUGCAUGCGCGCUGUUCUUAUUAUUUAUGGCGGAUUCCCUGGGUCGGCGGCGCUCACUGCUCACCUCGUCUGUUGGACAGGCCUUCUGCAUGUUCUAUAUUGGUCUCUACGUACGCAUCUCACCACCCGUGGAAAAUGCGCCAGUGCCGGGUGCAGGCUACUUUGCACUCGUGUGCGUCUUUAUAUUCGCCGCCUUCUUCCAGUUUGGCUGGGGUCCCGCAUGCUGGAUCUUGGUCUCCGAGAUACCAGCUGCGCGACUACGGCCUAUGAACGUCGCAUUGGCAUCUGCCACACAAUGGCUUUUUAACUUUGUCGUCGCCCGCGCUGUGCCCAACAUGCUGGCUACUGUCGGAGACCACGGGUACGGAACUUAUCUGAUCUUCGGUAGUUUUUGUGUGAUAAUGUUCUUCUUUGUCUGGUUUUGCAUCCCCGAGACGAAAGGAGUUUCUCUCGAGCAUAUGGACCAGUUAUUUGGUGUUCCUGAGCAUGAACAUAAGGAUAUGACUGGGGGCGCGAAGAGUCCUGUAGCGAGAGUGGAAAUCGAAGAGCAUCCUAGUAGGUCGGAUACUAAAAGCGUAUAA